CUGACGCAACACGCGCGCGCACCCGCCGCCCGACUCCAGCAGCGCCUCUUAUAUUCACCGUCCACCAGCGUGAUGAUGUGACCGUGACAUCCACACAGCCAGCCGAAGAAGACCACCGAAAAAACAACAACAACAUUCUCCUUUUCCGUGCCGCUGAGUGCAGUUAUGUCGGAGACGCCAUGUCAGACCUGUCGGGGUGUCUGCUCCUCGCCGCGCUGCUGAUUUUCAGCAAGGAUGUGUCGGUGAGGAGAGCGGAGGGUGCGGCGCUCACCCGCGGCCUCGCCUCACUGUCGGACCAGGACAAUGCCGAAGACACGCGCACCUCCCCGGUCCAGGGACAGGGGGAUGCGACGGUGUCUCCUCCAUCUUCAGAGUCGCUCCUGACACUGAAGGUUUGGGUUAAAGAUGCGUCUAGCCAGAGGUUCCUGACAGGAGCUCUGGUGAGUGUGUUUCUGAAUGGAUCCCAGAUUCACUCCAGCCGGACUCUGGGGAACGGAGAGGUCACCAUCAUCGUCCCAUACCGCCUCGGGCUGACCCUCACCCUCGUGGCCAGCAUGGAGGGUUACAUGCUCACCCAGCUGCCUUGGAAAACCACCAAAAUACCCAUAUUUUCUGUUAUUACACUGUCCGUGCAUCCUCAAACUCAAGGAAACAUCUGGCUCUUUGAGGAUACUGUGCUGAUAGCACGAAAAACAUCUGAUCUCUCAUUUCAACCGAGUGUUCAGUUUCCUAAAAGUCUCCUCAAACUGCCUGAAAAUACCACCAUCUCCAUGCUGUCUGCUUACCUGACAGCUCCAGGCCUGCCUACUGAGAAAGACUCCAAUUACUUUACCCUAAACCUCAAUGGUAAAGGAGGUUAUAGAAACAUCAAGUUAAGCCCCUUGGCUAUGAUCAGUGCCCAGAUAGUGUCUAAUGGUAAGGAAGUUGAUGUCAAAGGACCCAUUCAGCUCACAAUACCUCUUCCCUACUACACCCAUCUACGACCCUCAGACUCACUUCCUGCGUGGACCUUCAACAUGACCAUAGGUACCUGGGUAAAUAAAGGUCUUGGCAUUGUUCAGAUGGAGAAAAAUGGCCUAGUUUGGACUUACACAGCACCUCAACUGGGUAACUGGAUUGCUGCACCCCUACCAUCAUCAGGUUAUAUGGGGCUUGCAAGCUCAAUGGAUUUCAUUUACUACCAUACAUACCUUCUUGUGGGUAUCUUAGGAGGAACUCUUGUGGUAGUUGUUGGAUUUUUAUCUGUGAUUGUAUUUCACUGCAGAGAUCUAAACCAUGAGGCAGGACGAAGGCGAUGGAAUUCCACCAGGCUCACUGUACUGAAGAAAGACCAGACCACUUCCACCAGCUCGGAUGAGGCUCAAGAACUUUUCUUUCAUAAUGGAGAACGCUCUUAUUCACUGGCUGCAAGAGGCAUCAGUCAUGAUGCUUCAGACUCUCCACGACACCAAGCCAACUACAACAUUUAUGUGGAAAAUGUUGGACGGCCAGGGGGGAAUCUGUAUGAGAACAUUGGAGCUGUGGGAUUAGAAGGCCUCAGAGCCCCAAUGUCUAAUCUCUACGUUAAUAGUGAUGAAGUGGCCAAGCUUCGGGAAAAAAUGGAACAGAAUGGCGCACGCCAUGGUGGUGUGGAGAAUGUAGUUUUCAAAGACAAGCUGUUCCACAUCUAUAACCAGCCCCUGGCUAUUGUGCAGGCCCCAGAGCUUUUUAAUUCCCAGGGACAAGCUGACCCUUCUGGUAGCAGAUCUGCCACUUUCCCUCGCAAUGGCAUGGAACAUGGUGCUCAGACAGAGCGGAACUUAAAGGACAGUUUCACUCAGACAUUGCCUAAAGCUCCACAGCAAGACAAUGACGAGCAGCAGAGUCUGGAAGGAGCACAGGCUGUUGCCAUUAACCCAGGUCUAUGGGGCCGUUAUAGUCAUCUCCUGGAAUCUGUUUCUGUCCCAGGAACUUUGAACGAAGCAGCUGGAAUGGGCCCUUUCCGGGGGGAACUCCAGGGAAUUUCAGAGCAAACCUUGUUGGAACUUACCAAAGGCAAACCAUCGAUUCACCCGCCUCGCGCCUGGUUUGUGUCUCUUGAUGGAAAACCAGCAGCUCAGGUUCGUCACUCUGUGAUUGAGCUCCAGGGAAGACAUCGCCCAGGCAGCAGCAAUGACACAAGUUUGGAUUCUGGAGUGGACAUGAAUGAGCUGCAGCAGCCUCUGCGGAAAAGUGAGGAACCCUCAAGUGCUAGCAUGGCAAAAAUAAGCGGAAAUCAAGAGCAGGACCUGAGCAGCAGUGAAAUUGGGAGUCCUGAGGACUCGUCCCUGAGGAACACCCUGGAAAGCAGUAGUGCAGCCAUUCCCAACCUUCCGGAGGACAGGGAUGCGGGAGACACAUCCAGUGAGUCCAAAUCCACCCCUCCACCAAGAAGACUGCGGAAGGUUCGAGACAAGAAACCUGACAAGAAGACUUCUCGACACAUGAGGGAGGAGAGACCACAAACAAAACACUAACUGAAUAAACUGAGUAGCUAUAGCUUUUUGGUGUUUGAAAAAAGGUUUGAAUCAAAUGGCCUUAUAUUAUAAACAUCAGGAAGAAUGAAUAAAAUGAAAAUGCCUGUCUUACCUGCCGUAUCUCAAAGUCGAUUUCUGUGGCUAAGCUCUAUCCAGCAUUUUGUCAGCAAUUAAUUUGUACACUUUUCGCACCCACACUGUACAAUGUUUUUACAGACUUUGAAAGAACGUAUUUGUUUACCUUCAAAAGUAAAAAUAUGUAUAAAUCUCCCUCUCUAUAUAUAUAUUUAUGUAUUUUUAAACAUUUGUUGCCAUGUGAGCACAAUGCUUGUAUCUUAAUGCUCUUCUAGAGAGUUUUCAAAAACAGUUUGAUCUCUUGGCUUGCUUCAGAUCAUUUGAUGUCCUUUAGUUCAACAGAUAUGUAAAGCAAAACUGCCACACAGUGCCAUAAACAUUUAAAAACUAAAUUAUGGAAAAGAAAACCCUGAGCACUGUAAUAAUAAGAUAUUCAACUAAGCACUACACAUUUUACAGCUCAGAAAGAACACCAGUGUGUUGCAAUGAGUUUUUUUGAGGGUGCGACUGAGGCCUGUAAGGUCAUUAUGCCGUUCUGACUCACUGUACUUAUUUAAUGUAUUAUUGCUAGUCACAUUUGCAUGCCACCCGUUGUGAUGCUUUUACCAUUCAAUGUUUUCAUGUGUAAGAAUGUAGUACCAAAAAACAUUGAACAUAUGUUACCAAGGCCAAUGCUGAAAGCACAGGUGUACAGAUCAGGAAUGUAGCAUAUUAAGAUGUUAAUGUGUUUUGUGUGUAAAAUAUUUGUUCACAAACCAACAACAAAUCAUUAUUAGCUCAUGUAUUGAAUGUGCUGGAGCUUUUGUAGCUUUCUUUUUAGAUAAUUCAUUGUAACUGUUUAAUUCAUAUUAGCAGUUACAAUUACUCACUAGUUUGUUGUUGUCAGGCAGCAAUUAAAUUGUGACCGAAGUAUGAACGAAGAGAGAAGAUUGCAUUGUGUCCGCUGAAUGUUUUUAAAGUAAGUUAUGUUGUGUUGUAGCAUUUAUUAUUUCAGUAAUUGUUAUAUAUCUAAGCGAUUUCUCAACACACUGGUUUAAGUGGCUUAUAAGCCAUUCCUGGAUGCUUUAAGUACAGCUUGUAAUCUGCCUUUUUGUGCACAUUUAAUAAAGGUACUUGACCAA